UAUAUCACUGCAUCUCCUUCAUCCAUUGCGUCCAAACAACAACAACAACAAAAAAGAUCCCUUCUUCCCUUUUAUCUCUCUGAAAAAUCACCCCCCAAAAAACCUAUAUCUCAGUGCCACCAUGGAAAUCUUUUCAAAGAUGGAAAUGGAAGCAAGCCCACCAGUUGUCCAAAAGAAACUAUGGAACAUUGUACGGAUAGUCUUCCUCAUGUUGAAGACAGGGAUAUCCAAGAGCAAAUUUAUGUUGGACCUUCAUUUCAUGGUGAAGAAAGGAAAAUACAAUGCCAGUAAAGUGAUAAAAAACUUGGUUUUCCACCGGAAAUUCCAUGACCACUUGUCGUCUUUGAGUUGCCGAUCGAACGACGCUCACUUAUCCUUCGUUUCACCAAGGGAGUACGAGUUCAGUUGCAGUAACAGCCCGGCUACGGCGGCGUUUUUUUACCACAAGCGUGGCGGUAAGAACCACCACCAUGGUUAUCAUUUUGGGAAGUCGUCUAAGUAUAGAUACGAUGAUGUUACGACGGUGGCUGCGGUGCAGAAGGUUCUUGAGAUGUUGAACAAUGAGGCGGUGGAGGCGGCGGUAUCGCCUUUGGUUUUUCCAGGGUUUGGGGGGAAGAGUCCGUUUGUGAGGCAAUUAAGGGUGACGGACUCGCCGUUCCCGUUGAAAGAUGAAGGUGGGGGUGAUAGUCAAGUGGAUAUGGCGGCUGAAGAAUUCAUUAACAGGUUUUAUAAGGAUCUUAAGCUGCAAAAAAGAAUGUCUGCCUUUUGAAACAGGGGGUCGAUGAUGGUGAUGACGAUUGCUGCAUAUAUAUAUAUAUCAUAAGUUCAUAAGCAUAUAUAUAUACACUUUUGAUCCAUUUGGCAAGGUUGCUCAUGUGAAUUUUUUGUUUUAAUCUGACAACAGUUUGAUUACAAAAGGGGUUUUACACUGUAAUUUUGCCUUUUUGUAAUUUGAUUAUUAAGAAGGUUUUUUUAUUAAUAAUUGUAAAAUAAGGAGUAUGUAGGUGACUGUAUUUUUCUUAUAAAUCUUGAAAAAAGAGAAAAUAGAAUGUGUUUGAGUUUCGUCUAA